CGUAAUAAACGUAUACGUACAUUUUUAGUGGAAAUAUGGAAGCUUCUGGUUACUAUACCUGACCAGUACUACCCCAUUGUUAAAAUAUGGGCAUUUUCUAUGCCCCUGAUAUCCAUUCGUCAUCCGGAUGAUUUCGAGACAAUAUUAGGCAGCACAAAACACAUCGAAAAGAGUAGGAUGUAUGAAGCUUUACAGCCUUGGUUAAAUACCGGUCUUCUCACUAGUGGAGGUUCAAAAUGGCAUUCACGACGGAAGAUAUUAACUCCUACAUUUCAUUUUAAUAUAUUGCAGCAGUUUGUUGAGAUUUUUAUUGAGGAAAGCGAAAAUAUGGUCAAGUCUUUGAAAAAUACAGAAGGCGCAGUUGUGAAAGAUUUAGUGCCGUUUUUUAGUGAACAUACGCUGAAUGCAAUAUGUGAAACUGCUAUGGGUACUUCUUUACAAGACCUGGGUGAGUUUCAACAUCAAUAUCGAAAAGCGGUUUAUCGGAUAGGCGAACUUAUGUAUUAUAGAGUACUAAGGCAAUGGCUGCACAACGAAUGGUUAUUCCUGUUGACGUCAAAGGGCAGAGAGCAAAAAAAGAUUCUGAAAAUAUUACAUGGAUUUACUGAACGAAUUAUUGCUGAAAGAAAACUUUAUCAUGAUCGCACUAACGGACGAUAUUUACAAAGUUCUGGUAAUGACACAACAGAGGAGGGAAGUGACACAGAAUCGAUAGGAAUACGAAGAAAACGACUUGCAAUGUUGGAUCUUCUAAUAGCAGCAUCUCGUAAUGGUCUUAUGACUGAUGCAGAUAUCAGGGAGGAAGUCGAUACUUUUAUGUUUGAGGGUCAUGAUACUACAGCGAUGGGUCUAUGUUAUAUUUCAGCACUCUUAGCUGAGCAUAAGGACAUUCAGGAUCGUGUCAGGGACGAAGUUGACACUGCUUUGCGAAAGAAUGGAGAGAAGUUUACUAUGAAAUUACUGCAAGAUUUAUCAUAUUUAGAUAGAUGUAUAAAAGAAACAUUGCGCUUAUAUCCCAGUGUAACCAUGCUAUCACGAGUUCCUGCAGAAGAUGUAAAAUUACAAUCAUAUUUAGUACCUGCUGGGACAUACUUGCAUCUCAAUAUUUACGGAGUCCACAGAGAUCCCAACUUUUGGCCAAAUCCAGAUGUAUUCGAUCCUGAUAGAUUUUUGCCUGAAAACAUCCGAAAUCGUCAUCCUUAUUCGUAUUUACCGUUCAGUGCUGGACCACGGAAUUGCAUCGGCCAACGGUUUGCUAUGCUGGAAAUGAAGGCGAUGGUAGCUUCUCUGGUGCACAACUUCUAUUUGGAGCCCGUUGAUUAUUUAAAGGAUCUUCGAAUACAAGUUGAUUUAGUCCAUCGCCUUGCUCAUCCACAUCGUAUAAGAUUUGUUCGUGUUUCUAAAACAAAUGCAAAUCUCUAAAGCAAAUAUUGUAUCUAUUUAAUCUUUAAGGAUGUAUCGGUCCUAUCGUCAAAAUAGUACAAAGUCGCUAAAAAUUUGUGAAGUUGUUUUUUUAGUCUUCCUAAUGUACUGCAGAAAAGUAAAAAUGCCUCCACUAAACGGUUGCUGAGAUAUAACUAUUUUAAUUUACACUGAUUUUACACGUACUCUUAUGGAAAGAGCCGAUCUUCACGAAUAAAACAGCUAAAAAUGUAGAAAA